UCAACGGAAAGAGUCGAAGGUGUCGGCUCGGUCAUGUGAUCAACUAGGGGACAUGUACACUGAUCAUCAGUGUGCCCUGAUGAUCUGUGUAGCUCCAACAGUGCCACUUAUCAGUGUCCAUCAGUGCCAGCUGUCAGUGCUCAUCCAUGCCAACUGACAGUGCCCAUCAGUGCCACAUAAGUGCCACAUUUCAUUGCCUACCAGUGCACAUCAAUGCCAAUAUCAAUGCCCAUCUGAGCUGCCUUUCAGUGUCACCUAUCAGUGACAGUCAGUGCCGCCUAACAGUGCUAAGACAGUGCAGCCUAUCAGUGGGCAUCAGU